UGGUGUCAGACCAACCAUCUGUUUGCCUCCGUAAUCAUCAUCCCCAUCCAUCCGAAAUAUUCUCGCUCUUUUUACAGGGGAGUUUCUUUGGUCAACGAACUGUCCUCUGGCCGAUUCAGCGCCAGCGUGACUCGGUGCAGAUGAGUCGAAGGCGCCGCUUUGUAUAGAGUGCCGACGCUAACAAUGAUCUUUGACGCUUUACUAGUGCCCGUCCACUAAUAAUUAGGGUAGAGUAUUUUGGCCCGAGCUCGAUAUAUUAUCUUCCCCUGCCGUGCAGCGAAGAGGCCUCCAUUUCUGUCAUGUUAUCACUCUGGUAGACCAUCUCAACCAUCCAGAAGAGCAUGCCGCAGGCGACGAAUAUGCAGUCUGAAAAGUCGGAACAAUGGAACGAAGGGUCAACAACUACCGUGCUGACGGAGUUGACCUUCGAGACCCCUAUGCCACAACCAUUUCCACCAUCUUCACUUUACCCUUCGCCUCCUCCCAAGUUGAUCUCCCCAUUUGACUGGACCAGCAGGCGGAAGAUCUUCACCACGUGCCUAUCGUGCACUGUGACUGUGGUCUCUGGCUAUGCUUCCGGCUCGAACAAUGCCCCUGGCCCCGUUAUGGGAGCGGCCUGGGAUGUCUCCCAGACUCUCCUCACCCUCGGCACUACCACCUACUGCAUUGGAUUUGCUAUUGCACCCAUGAUACUUGCACCUUUUUCGGAAAUCAAGGGCCGUGAACCGGUAUUUCUCUUCUCUGGUUUGAUCUUCUUUUUGUCACAGCUUGGUUGCGCAUUGACGGACUCUUUUUCCGGCCUUCUUAUUGCCAGAUUUUUUGCAGGCGUUGGAAGCUCCACCUUUUCUACCAUGGUUGGCGGCAUCGUUGCCGACAUAUACCGCGUUGACGAACGGAAUACAGCUAUGGCCAUCUUCGCUGGUGCCGCCUUCUUUGGGACUGGUCUAGGGCCGCUUGUUUCCGGAAUUAUUGCAUUUCAUCUCCAAUGGCGCUGGGUUUUCUAUGUACAAGCAAUCAGCUGUGGCAGCCUCACAUUGAUUUCGGCCAUUUUCUUCCAAGAAACUCGCGAGAAUGUGCUCCUUUCUCGAAAUGCUCGAGCAUUGAACCAAUGGUACGCCAAAUGCCAGACACUUGGGAUGCGUGGCCUGAACGUGGAUGGGCAACUGCAACAAGUUCAGUGGAGUAUAGCUACCAAAGAAGAUUCAGUAUCCCUGGCAAGCUUGCUACGUAUAUCCCUCUCGCGACCUCUUCGCUUGUUGGUCACUGAGCCGGUAGUCUUCUGGUUUAGCUUGUGGAUCGCUUUUGCGUGGGGGGUAUUAUAUCUCUCCUUUGGUGGUCUUCCAUUGACAUUCAAAGCCGCCUACGGCUUUAACAGCCAGCAAAUUGGGGCAGUAUUUACAUCAAUGGCCGUCGGAGCUCUUCUUGGGGCCACAGUUAACAUCUAUUUGGAAAGGCUGCGACCUCGGCUUGGAAAUCCGAUCAUGUCUCCAGAGUCUCGCCUUCAUUUCGCUUGUUUAGAAUGUUUCAUGUUUCCCACAGGACUUUUCAUAUGGGCUUGGACUUGCAGAGAAUCUAUUCACUGGAUCGUGCCGUCCAUCGCCAUAGCUAUUGCUACGAUAGGCAUCUAUACCAUCUUUCUUGCAGUCAACAACUACACGGCCGAUACGUAUCAUCGAUAUGCAAGUUCAGCUCUGGCUGCACAAUCGCUGACGCGUAAUAUUUUGGGCGGCGUUUUCCCACUCGCAACUGAUGCUAUGUUUUCGUCUAUGAAAAUUCCUGGUGCCUUGAGUUUUCUUGGAGGGGUGGCCUUGAUUCUUAGUGUUGUACCUUGGGCCCUUCUUAUAUACGGGCCGCGAAUUCGUGCUAGAAGCAAGAUUGCAAAUGAGAUUCACUAGUAGAAGACGAGCUCUGGUGGUUCUCAGUGCGAGCAAAGUGGCAAAUUCUGAAUUCUACCACAAGCAGUCGUGGCCGUAAGUAUUACCCAGCAGCAGGGUAAUGGCAGCGUGUUUUCAACAGAUAUACAGGCAAUGACAUGUAUAUAACCAUC